UGUUUACGAUCCGCUGGUGGGAAAAGAAGCUGCUCAGUUGAAAGCGCACAUUCCACCCUAAUCACGUUAUUGAUGUGCUGUAUCAUAGUAUACCGAUAAUUUGACAUCAAAGGUGAACUGCAAACAUGAGUGAUCUGGAUCCGAACAAAUUAAAAGUUGCAGAGCUACGAGAAGAAUUGAAGAACCGGGGACUGGACACGAAAGGGACAAAAGCUGUUCUUGUAAAACGACUGAAAAAAGCACUGAAUGAUGAAGCAGGAGGGGCAGCUGCAGAUGAAUCACUAACAGAAGAAACUUCCCAUGAUGAUUCCUCACAAGAUGGUGGUGCGGCGCUGGACGAAAGCUCUCAGGAUAUCACAGAUACCUCAACAACUGAAGCUCCACCACCAGUGGAUGAGCCAGUGCCAGAGCCAGUGCCAGAGCCAGUGCCUGAACCAGUGGCAGAGCCAGAACCUGUUAAAGAACCUGAACCAGUCGUAAAGGAAGAACCAGAAGCAACUAAACCAGAACCAGUGCAGAAAGAAUCACCAGUAAAGGUAACUUCUCCUGUUAAGGAGGAGCCUGUACCAGAAGCUGAACCAAUGGAGCAAACUUCUACUGAGGAGGUUAACGAGGAAGAGGAAAAGAAAUUAUUGGGUGAAACAGAUGAAGAGGUUCCUGCUGUGGAAGAACUCACAACAGUUGAUGAAGCCACAUAUGAAGAUGAUGACAAUAAAGAAGAAGAUGGAAAAAAAUCCAGCGACAACAAAAGAAAGAGAUCCCACUCACAUGAUAGACACAGAAGUCGAUCCAGAUCACCACGAGAUCGAAGAAGGUCAAGGUCACCAAGAGAUAGAAAGCCACGGAGUCCCAAGAAAGUUGUGAUGGAAGAUGACUCCUGGGAGUCUUCUACACAAGUGCUUCUUGAUAGAUACAACUGUGAUCUCAACUUGAAGAUUGAUGAAACUAGUCUGAAGGCAGAGCCCCUGACUCAUGAUGGAUUUUCCAUGAUGUGGGGUGGAACCAGAGCAAUGUUUGGUGUAUCUAAAGGAAAGGUCGCUUUUGAAGUCAAGUUACUUGAGAACAUGUACUUGGAUCACAUAGGACAAGAGGAGACAAAUCCACAUGUAGCCAGGGCAGGCUGGUCCAUGGACACCACAUCGUUGCAACUUGGUGAGGAGCCUUUCUCCUAUGGCUAUGGAGGUACUGGGAAGGCAUCUGUCGACUGUAAGUUUGAGGACUAUGGAGAGAAGUACACAGCUGGAGAUGUCAUCACAUGUUACGUAGAUUUUGAAGAUGCUGAUUCUGUCAUCUUCUCGUAUGCCAAGAAUGGUGAAGAAUUGGGGGUCUGUUUCUCAAUAGAGAAACCAACUCUAGGAGACAAUGCCUUGUUUCCCCACAUCCUUACUAAAAACACAUCCUUUGAGGUCAACUUUGGAGCUCAGGAAGAACCAUGGUUCCCACUUAAAGAGGAAUUUGUGUUUAUAGAAAAAGUAGAGGAUAAGAUCAGAGGAACACUGCCUCCAGCCAAGAAGGAAGAUUGCCAGAUGAUCAUGAUGGUUGGUUUACCUGGAGCUGGCAAGACAACAUGGUGUGAUAAAUACAGAUCAGAGAAUCUGGACAAGAAGUACAAUGUGUUGGGUACCAACAACAUCAUUGAUAAGAUGAAGGUGAUGGGUCUUCCAAGAAAGAGAAACUAUGCCGGCCGCUGGGACAUCCUGAUUGAUCUCUCUACCAAAUGUCUCAACAAAAUGCUGGAGAUGGCAGCAAGCAAAAAGAGGAACUUCAUACUUGACCAGACAAAUGUGUAUGCAUCAGCCAGACGACGUAAGAUGCAGCCUUUUGAAGGUUUUCAACGCAAAGCUGUUGUGAUAGUUCCGUCUGAUGAAGAUUUCAAAAAACGCAUUGAGCAGCGAGAGAAGGAGGAAGGAAAGGAAGUACCAACUAGAGCAGUACUUGAAAUGAAAGCUAACUUCUCCAUGCCUGAGGAGGGAGUGCUUUUUGAUGAGAUACAGAAUGUGGAGCUAGAUGGUGAGGAACUGAAGGAACUUAUCCAGAAAUACAACAAAGAAGGGAAGGAUGCCCUCCCACCACCAGAGAAACGACACAGGGAAAGUCGCUUUGCUAACAUUGAGAGACGUGACAGCAGAGGCCAUGAUCGAUAUGGUGGCAGAGACAACCGUGACCGUGGUUAUCGUAACGACCGACGAGGUGGCUACGGGGGUGGUUACGGAGGUGGUUAUGGUGGUGGUGGCGGCUAUGGAGGCAAUAGAGGUGGCUACCAAAGAGGAGGGGGCGGUUACAAUAAGUAUGAUAACCGUCACCGUGACAGUCGUGACGAUCGCAACGAUCGUAGGAUGGGUGGUGACAGACGCUCAGGAGGUAGUGACUGGAAGGGUCGUGAUCGUAAUGACAGCAGAAACUCCAGUAAGAGCUAUGGAAACAAAUCUCAAGGUUGGGGUAACCAGGGCAGCUGGGGUAACCAAGGAAACUGGGGUAACCAAGGAAACUGGGGCAAUCAGCAGCAAGGAGGCUAUGGGCAUUGGAACUAUGCCCAGGGGGGAGGCCAGAACUAUAACUGGGGAGGACAACAGUGGAACCAGGGAUACUGGCAGGGAUACAACCAGUCAGGAGCAACCGGCAACUCAAGUAACAACACGGCAGCGUCAAAUUAUAAUCAGUGGGGAUCAUACAGUGGCUCAAACUACCAGCGCUGAACUAUGUUCCUUAUCAGGGCAAAGUGUGUAUAUAUUUAUGUCAGAAAUCAUGUACAUUUUACAUCUAAAUUACUUUCAUCACUCAUUGUGGCUCCAUUUAGU